AUGAGUCUCCCGCCUGCCCUUAUUUUUCUUUUUCUGUUUCAUAGUCCGAAGCCGUUCUUCGAAGGAGAAGCUGGAUCAUAUUACAAAUGGUCGCCUUCUGACCAUCCCAUCCUAGCUCAGGCCAACGUCGCCGCUGGCCGCCUUCUCCUUCGCCCUCGCGCCUUCGCCAUUCCUCACUAUUCCGAUUGCUCCAAAGUGGGCUACGUUCUCCGAGGCGACAAUGGAGUUGUCGGAUACCUGUUUCCAAACAAGUCGGAGGUGGCGACCGUGGUUAAGAUAAAAAAAGGAGAUGUGCUUCCGGUGCCGAGCGCCGUCACGUCGUGGUGGUUCAACAACGGCGACUCUGUUUUGGAAAUAAUCUUUUUGGGUGGAACGGACGGCGCUCAUAUCCCCGGUGACAUCUCUUACUUCCUUCUCUCCGGCCCCCGCGGCCUUCUACAAGGCUUCUCGCCGGAGUACAUCGGAAAAGUCUUCUCUUUAAACCACGAAGAAACCGCCACGCUUCUCAAAAGCCAGUCCGGCGGCCUAAUCUUCGGAAUUCAACAGACCCAAUUCCUCCCCAAACCCCAAAACUCCGGCGAACUGGUCUAUAACAUUGACGCCGCUGCGCCGGACGUCAGAGCCAGAGGCGGCGCUGCCACUGUCACGACGGUAACUGAAUCUAAAUUCCCGUACAUUGGCCAAUCUGGGUUGAGCGUAGUUCUCGAAAAGCUAGAUGCCAAUGCCGUCCGGUCGCCGGUGUACGUCUCUGAGUCGGCCGAUCAACUGAUCUAUGUGGCAAAGGGAUCAGGGAAGAUUCAGAUCGUCGGAAUUUCGGAUAAAAUUGAUGCAGAGGUGAAAAGGGGUCAGCUGAUUUUGGUCCCCAAAUACUUUGCUGCCGGAAAAGUCGCCGGAGAAGAAGGCUUGGAGUGCAUUUCCAUUAUCACAGCUAAACAUCCUCUGGUGGAAGAACUGGCCGGAAAGACAUCGGUUUUGGUGGCAUUGUCGCCGGAGGUUUUUCAAGUUACUUUCAACGUCACGGCGGAGUUCGAGAAGCUUUUCAGGUCCAAAAUAUAA